AACAAUUUUGAGAAAUAAUAAUUUCUCAUUAAUAUAUAAUGAGAUCAAGAAAAUUGUACGAUGGUGAUGUUGGAUAUGAAUUACGUGGUUAGUCUAGUUAAAAAUUUAAAAGGAAAGGCUAAGUGAAAAAUGAGUAUGAAAUAGAAAUAGAGAUUCCUAAUGGAGACCUAACAAAAGGGAGAAUAUUCUUUAAUCAUAAUUGUGCGGGCUGUCAUGAUCUGUAUAAUAAAUUUGAUUUAUAAAGAGACUAAGAUUUAUAUUUAGGACCAUCUUUGAGAACAGUUUAUUUAAGAAGAAAUGGAUCAAAAAAGUUUUCAAAUUAUGGAAAAGAUUUGACAGCUUAAAAAUUCUAUUGGACAAGAAGAAAGCUUUGGGAAUUCUUAGAUAAUCCUGAAAAAAUGUUCCCUGACACAAACAUGCAAUUAGAUGGAGUAAUAUUAUACAAUUAUCAUUUUUAGGUUAAAGAUCCAUUUUUAUUGGCUAGUGUAAUUGAUUAUUUAUAAUAUCUAAGAGUGUUUACCUGUGAUAUAAGAGGAUAAAAAUAAAUAAUUUGA